AAUAUCGCUAGAAUGGGGGAGUUCGAAGCCAGAGGCAAAAAAAUUUGGGUAGUUUCCAUUUUAGCGGUCCCACUGACUUUGACUAUUUAUUUUACUCAAUUUUUAGGAGGGUUGUGUUUAAAUGCUUGUUAAAAUAACAUAGCUUUGGUAUGGGGCCAGUGACGCUAAUGGAAAAAGCAGGGGUGUGGGGGCGGCAGCCCUCAAAAUAACGUAACGUCAUGACGUACUUCCGACCGGGGACCGCGUAACUGGAAGUGUCCCUAGACUCGAUGCCAGGUCAGGUCACUGUGGUAUGUGGGGUGUGUUUUAAAAGGGGUACAACACCUUAUGUACCAGUCACUUUAUGUACCAGACACUUUAUGUACCACCUAUAUAUUAUAUAUAUUUUAACAUGUUUAGAGAAAACUUAUUCUUGGAUGUAUUUUUAUACGGUGUAGAAUAAUUUUGUAUAAAUGUACACACCUCGAACAUGUACUGUUUUUUAAAUAUUAAAAUUGAUACAGGAUAAAGUUUGCACUCAACAAUGGGCACAAGUCGAUAUUUUAGUAAGUUAAUAACCUUUCAGAUAUCUCUGAUUUAUAUAAUUAUUUCAGGAACCAUGCCUGGCCCUAUUCACCCGAAGUUUCGGCGAGAAGGUGGAGCACCAGCUUUGACAGACACUGAGGAGGGACGUAGGAUUGGUACGCAGCGAGAGCAAUGGUGUCCACCAAGUACGACACAGCAGAUAGAGAAGGAUGCACGUGAGAGAGUGAUUGCUAGACAGGGGGAUGUGACUGACCAGAAGGAUGUUCUUGGAGAGUAUGUUAUGCAGUUCGGGAAGUACCGAGGACAGAAUUUUAGAUGGGCUUUGGAGAAUGUUCCAGGAUAUGUUGGCUGGAUUGUGAAUCAGAUAAUCAAGGACGAGGGGAAAGAAGACACAUCCAGCCAACACCAGAAAAACAACAAAGCGGCUUUGAAGAAUUACGUCCUGAUGUUUGAAGAGGGGAAGCGAAUUGUUGAAGCGAAAGCCAGUGAACCACGGAAACGUAUAGCUUGGAAGUCACUUCUUGUUGGUCGGCCACUAUCCCCAGAACAAAUACGGAAGAAAUACAAAAUGCUGACUUCUCCACCAAAGUUUACACCAAAUAAGUACUAUUUGUAACAUGUUAACCUUAUAUGUAUAGUAUGACUCGCUUAAUGGCAGAGUAAGAGGUUGUUAAGAGGUAUUGUAAGCGUUUGUCCAUAUGUAUGGUAUGGUGUCUAAUACAUUGUUUGUCAUACAUGUAUA